ACUCAGCUGGGACGGUCCUUAUCCAUAUUGCCUGUAGACUCCACAGACCUGAGACAGAUACGUUCUGAAGACCCUGAAUCACACCCCCGAUUCGUCGUAUCCUGCAGGUAGUGCACAGGAUCGAAGUGGUCACCACUGGAGGAUAUAUCACAUACAAGUUUUCUGUUUGUCGUGAGGAACACUAGAGAGGCCAGGAUGAGUCUAAGCGACAGCGACUUCUCCGAAAUCAUCAACAUGUGGGAGGACCUGAACCUGAACUUCACCGACUCGGAGGACGGGAACGUUUCCCACGUGGAGGCGCUAGUGUGCCCGGCAGGGUUCAGCCGCAGUGCCGUCCUCUACACCAUGUCCACCCUCUACAUCUUCAUCUUCAUUAUCGGCCUGGUGGCCAACUCGGUGGUGGUGUGGGUGAACGUCCGCACGGAGCGCAACCGUUACGAGACCCACCUGUACAUCCUCAACCUGGCCAUCGCCGACCUGUGUGUGGUGGCCACUCUGCCCGUGUGGGUGAGCUCGCUGAUCCAGCACGGCCACUGGCCCUUCGGAGAGACCAUGUGCAAGCUCACCCACCUGGUCUUUAGCGUCAACCUCUUCAGUAGCAUCUUCUUCCUGGCCUGCAUGAGUGUGGACCGCUACCUCUCGGUGGCGCUGUUCGGGGACUCGAACAGCCGGCGGAAGAAGCAGGUGAGGUCGGUGGUCUGCAUCUUGGUCUGGCUCCUGGCCCUGGUUGCGUCGCUGCCCGACACCUACUUCCUUCAGGCGGCGAAGUCGACGCACUCGGACAGCACCCUCUGCCGGCCAGUGUACCCGGCGGACAGCAUCCGCGACUGGAUGGUCGGCAUCCAGCUCAGCUUCAUCGUCCUGGGCUUCGCCAUACCCUUCCCCAUAAUCGCCAUCUCCUAUGCUCUCCUGGAGGGGGCCAUCUCCUCCUCCGCCGACCAGGAGCGCCGGAUAAGCCGCAAGAUCAUCCUCACCUACAUUGUGGUGUUCCUGGUGUGCUGGCUGCCCUACCACGGCGUGCUGCUGGUGGAUGCCCUCUCCCUGCUGGGCGUCCUGCCCUUCAGCUGCCACUUGGAGAACUUCCUGUUCGUGGCUCUGCACUUCACCCAGUGCUUCUCCCUCAUCCACUGCUGCGUCAACCCCGUCAUCUACAACUUCAUCAACAAGAACUACCGCUACGACCUCAUGAAGGCCUUCAUCUUCAAGUACUCCACCAAGACGGGGCUAGCCAAGCUCAUCGACGCCUCCAGGGUGUCCGAGACCGAGUAUUCGGCCGUGGAGAACCACCUGCAGCUGUGAGGUCCUUCCUCCUCGACCCAAACCCCGUCCCAAAUAAGACUUUACCAGAACUGUGCAAGUGCUUGACGAGACCCCGUCCGGUCCUCUCCCACACGUUCCAGCCCCUCCUGAUGCCUUGAGACUAUCUGCUGUGCUCUGUCUGUGUUGGGAGAGGGCAGGGGGUAUAGCAUUAUGUAUGCAUGUAUAUAUAUGUGAGGCACUAUAAAGACCAAAAUUUUAAUGCUUUUUUUGUAAAAAAAAAAAAAAAGAAAAAAUCAAAAAAACGAAAUGCCACAAGCUGCCCUCACAGUCUGCCUGUCUUGCCAUGGCUAUAUAUAUAUCUUUUUUACUGCAGUCCCAGAGUUCCCAUUCGGUAUUGUGAAAAGCCAGUUCGCCUGGGGUCAGCCUGGUCGAAGGCCUCGGAGAUCUGUAGAAAGCACUUCCCCUUGCGCUGCAGAGUGGAGCAUGGGGCAGAGGGUCGGAGCUUGUCGUCAGGCAGACUGAAGGGCGUGUCGCCGGGGCAGACUGCCGUAGGAACCACGGCUGUGUUUAUCUGCAGCUGAGAGGUCAGUCAUUAAGCCUCCAUUACACUCCCGCUGAGAGCCGGUGCUGUCAGGGCCUGCCUGUGAGCCAGAGAAGCUCUGCCCAUAUGACCCGAGGAAUGUUGCAGAAGAUACAAGAAUGAGCUUCCAGGCCCAGUGGAGCUGUCCCUGAAAGUUCAACAGGGUGUUCCUAGUAUGCCUGUGUUUGUUUGUUUGUAUGUGUGUGUGAGUGUGUGUGUGUGUGUGUGUGUGUGUGUGGUUUCUAACUGAAUGGCUGUGUGAGAGAACAGACCCACCAAAAGGAACCCUUCCACCACUUUCCGGGUGCUUUGUAAAACUAGAAGGAAAGUGUCUUAAAAUAACUUAUAUCAUUAGAUCUUUUGUAUUUUGUAAAUAUUUUGAUAUAUUUAUACAUUAAAUGACAUGUAUGCUGUAUUUUUUUCUUUCUCUCUCUUGUUGCUAAGGUUUUGUAUUGGAAUGUUACAUGUGGAAUGGUGGAAUGUUGACUUCUACAAGACAAAGGUUUCUGAAUUAAAAGUCUAGGACAUUAUAUUGUCCAUGAUCCUACAUUACCUUACAGUGUCCUUCAAUGACAGACUCUGUAGUUCCUUAGUUGUUGUCCUAUGCAUAGGGUUAUUGUUUGCCUAAAUCUGUAAAUUCAUUGCAGUUUUUCGUAUGGUCCAGAUUCCUGGUAUAAUGAUAUGACUAAAAGUGUUGAUCGAUAGAAUAGACCAAUACUGUUAUUGCAAAAUAGCAACACGAGAAGAAGCACUUAAUAUUGAUAGAACCUUUAAAGUAUCUCUUCGUUGUUGACACAACAGUUACUGUCUCUAUAACACUGACUGAAGUUCUGUUCAAUAUGUGUGUAUAUAUUAUUUCUUUUAACCAUGUACCAUGACAGCAAGAUAUUAUACCAAACAGAAAAGGUAUAAUUUGGCAUUCUGUAGUGCAGUUUAUGAUUAUUAAACAACAUUUAAGGAAAUGUGCCUUUUCUAUAAAGUACACAUUUUUUGGGUUUGCUUUUAAUUAAUUGCAUUAUCGACACACAGUCAAUUCCAAUUUGAAUUCUCUUUAAUGUAAAACAUGGCAUGACUGCAGCUAAUAAGUGUUCAUCAACAUUUCAAAAGUUUUACAGUAGCUUGAUAUGCAUCUUUUUACUGUCUUUUGGAAACAAUAAAGAAAUACAAAUAAAUCAA